UCCGGAGGAGAGAGAUAAAACGGAGCAAAGGCGUUGCCGUUUUGAAAUUUCUCAUCUCUGCCAUUAAACCAAACGAACCUACCCCGCACAACAUGUACAAAUAAUAUUCACCACCAUUCUUCUUCUUCUUCUUCUUUCCUUGUUCUUGUUCUGUCUCUGACUUAUUUUUGCUUCAGUUUCUGUCACCCGCUUGAUUUCGUUGUUGUUGUCGUUCUCGGUAAUUUUUUAAAUUAUUGUCCUGAGUUGCAAAAAUAUGGCAGAAUCGGUGGAGCUGCCGAGUCGACUCGGUAUCCUUCCGUUCAGGAACAAAGUGCUUUUACCUGGCGCUAUCAUUCGUAUUCGUUGCACUUCACCUAGCAGUGUAAAAUUAGUGGAGCAAGAGUUAUGGCAGCGUGAAGAGAAGGGAUUGAUUGGCAUUCUUCCUGUUCGUGAUGCUGCUGAGACGACAACGGUCGGAACUGUGUUAUCUCAAGGUGUUGGUAGUGAUUCUGGAGAACGAAGCUCGAGAAUUCAAGUUGGUAACUCGGAUCCUCAGAAGGCUGAUGGGAAAAAUCAGCAGGAAGUUAUUCAUUGGCAUACCAGAGGUGUUGCUGCUCGUGCUUUACAUUUGUCAAGAGGAGUGGAGAAGCCUAGUGGGAGGGUUACAUAUAUCGUUGUCCUUGAAGGUUUGUGCAGAUUCAAUGUUCAGGAACUUAGCACAAGAGGAACAUAUUAUACUGCAAGGAUAUCUCCUCUUGAAAUGACAAAGGCUGACAUGGAGCAAGUGGAGCAAGACCCAGAUUUCAUAACGUUGUCUCGCCAGUUCAAAGCCACUGCCAUGGAGCUGAUUUCUGUUCUUGAGCAGAAACAAAAAACGGGAGGAAGAACAAAAGUUCUCCUGGAGACGGUUCCGGUUCACAAAUUGGCAGAUAUUUUUGUUGCUAGCUUUGAGAUAAGUUUUGAGGAGCAACUGUCUAUGUUGGAUUCUGUUGACCUGAAAGUAAGGCUUUCAAAAGCGACUGAGUUAGUUGACAGGCAUUUACAGUCCAUACGUGUAGCAGAGAAGAUUACACAAAAGGUUGAGGGUCAGCUAUCAAAAUCGCAGAAAGAGUUCCUUUUACGACAGCAGAUGAGAGCUAUCAAAGAGGAGCUUGGUGACAAUGAUGAUGAUGAAGACGAUGUAGCUACCUUGGAAAGGAAAAUGCAAAGUGCUGGAAUGCCUUCAACUAUCUGGAAGCAUGCACAGAGGGAGUUAAGGAGGCUUAAAAAGAUGCAACCUCAGCAGCCUGGAUAUAAUAGUUCACGUGUUUACUUGGAGCUUCUUGCUGAUCUUCCAUGGCAGAAGACCAGUGAAGAACUUGAAUUGGACCUGAAAGCUGCAAAAGAACAACUUGAUAGUGAUCACUAUGGAUUGGUCAAAGUGAAGCAACGGAUAAUAGAAUAUUUGGCAGUUCGCAAGCUCAAACCAGAUGCCAGAGGCCCUGUGUUGUGCUUUGUUGGCCCACCAGGUGUUGGGAAAACAUCUUUAGCUUCAUCUAUUGCCACUGCUUUGGGCAGAAAAUUCAUACGCAUAUCUCUUGGCGGUGUUAAGGAUGAGGCUGAUAUUAGAGGGCAUAGGAGGACAUACAUUGGAAGCAUGCCGGGGAGACUUAUUGAUGGAUUAAAGAGAAUAGGAGUUUGCAAUCCAGUCAUGCUGCUGGAUGAAAUUGACAAGACCGGUUCUGAUGUGCGUGGUGAUCCAGCCUCGGCUUUACUGGAGGUUCUUGACCCAGAACAAAAUAAAACAUUCAAUGAUCACUAUUUAAAUGUUCCAUUCGAUCUUUCAAGGGUGGUUUUUGUGGCAACUGCAAAUAGGGUGCAGCCUAUUCCUCCACCACUCUUAGACAGGAUGGAAGUCAUUGAACUGCCUGGAUAUACACCUGAAGAAAAGCUGAAGAUAGCUAUGGGCCAUUUACUCCCACGAGUUCUUGAGCAGCAUGGAUUGAAUUCUGAGUUUCUCCAAAUUCCAGAGGCUAUGGUGAAACUAGUAAUUCAGAGAUACACCAGGGAGGCUGGUGUACGUAAUCUGGAAAGGAACUUAGCUGCUUUGGCACGUGCAGCAGCUGUUAGAGUUGCAGAGCAAGAACAAGCUGUCCCACUGAGCAGAGAGGUGCAUCGGUUUGCUUCACCACUUGUGGAAAACAGACUUGCUGAUGGAGCUGAGGUAGAAAUGGAGGUUAUUCCAAUGGAUGUAAAUAAUCAUGAGAUAUCAAACACAUUCAAGAUCGCCUCGCCAUUGAUUGUGGAUGAAGCUAUGCUGGAGAAAGUACUAGGGCCUCCGAGGUUUGAUGAUACAGAAGCUGCAGAAAGAGUUGCAACGCCUGGAGUAUCUGUUGGUCUUGUUUGGACUACUUUUGGUGGUGAGGUCCAGUUUGUGGAAGCUACAGCCAUGGUAGGAAAGGGUGAAUUGCAUCUUACAGGUCAACUUGGUGAUGUUAUAAAAGAAUCAGCACAAAUAGCGUUAACAUGGGUUAGAGCCAGGGCAACUGAUCUUAGGUUGGCAGCUGCUGAGGAAAUCAAUCUCUUGGAGGGCCGGGAUAUUCAUAUACAUUUUCCUGCUGGUGCUGUACCCAAGGAUGGGCCAUCAGCAGGUGUGACUCUGGUAACUGCACUGGUUUCAUUGUUCAGCCAGAAAAGAGUAAGAGCCGAUACUGCAAUGACUGGAGAAAUGACUUUGAGGGGUCUCAUACUACCUGUCGGUGGCAUCAAGGAUAAGAUAUUGGCAGCGCAUCGUUGUGGCAUCAAAAGGGUUAUCCUGCCGGAGAGAAACUUGAAGGACUUGGUCGAAGUACCACCACCUGUUCUAGGCAGUCUGGAGAUUCUACUUGCAAAGAGAAUGGAAGAUGUAUUGGAGCAAGCUUUCGAAGGUGGAUGUCCAUGGCGUCAACACUCGAAGUUAUGACGGGACGUUAAACUUAUCGAAAACACUUGUAGAAUUGGUCUGUUGGUUAAAAAUGCCUUAAACUGGUUGACAACAUCCAUAUUGGGAUAUAGCUUCAAAAUGUAACUGUUGAGAAGCUGCCCUUCACCGUUUGAAGACGGAAGCCGUUGGACAUGAUAGCAUCAUAUGCUCCAUCAACUUUUCUUUAUGAGAAUUUUGGAUGGAAAUAUUUGGUAUAAUAUGUCACAGAAAAUCAUUCCCUUUCUGUCUUCGUUGUUGUCAUAUUUUUGUUUCUGUAAUUAUGAAUUAUUUCUCUAUGUGUAUAAAUUAUUCAUUUGAGCAAGGAAUUCCUUUUGAAUGCCUA